UUGAGCUCAACUUUAUGUUGUGCAGAUUGUUCAGAGAAGGAACCUUCUUGGGCGUCUCUUAAUCGAGGAGUUCUGAUCUGUACGGAAUGUUGUACCAUACAUCGCAGCUUAGGCCGGAACGUAUCAUAUGUGCGGUCUUUGCACAAGAGCUUUUGGAAUACGAAUCAGCUGGCUCUUGUGCACACACUCUACUCUAGCGGUUCCAACAAUAUAUGGGAACACACCCUACUUGACCCAAGCAACCCGAACGAACGAAACCGUCGGAAGCCGUCCGCUAAGGACCCCCUGUAUCCGGUUAAGGACCAGUUCAUUCGGACGAAAUACGAGAGCCUUUCUUUCGCGCUGCGAGCGAGUAGGGAUGUGGGGCGGGAAUACGCGACGGUCGAGGACCUCAAUCGACAGUUGUUCUCCUGCGUUCGAACUGGUCAUGUGGACACUACUUUGCGACUAUUGGUCCUUGGAGCAAGCGCGAAUCAAUUCGUGGACCCUCAAACCGGGGCCACUCCAAUUCAUGUUGCGGCUAGAGAGGGUCAGGAGUUGCAGGUUGAGCUGUUAUUUCUGUACGGUGCUGACUGUGCUCAGCCGGACUUUGAAGGUCUUACCCCUGUUGAUCACGCCAUGGCCGGAGGUCAUAAAGAAUUGGCAGCGCGUCUGAUCGAGCUACAGGUGGCAUGCAUCGACGAACAGUCUCAGCUGAGUAACGAACGAUACGCGGUUCCAUUUUUGCCGGUUAGUUCAGACCUCGCUGCUCCAAGAAACCAACGUCGCCAAAAGUUGGCCAAGUUCAACGGUCGCGAAUUCGCCUCCCUCAUAAUCGAUCUUUUGAAGGAGGCAAAGAGGCGACAGCUGCAUGCAGAAACGUCCGAAGAGCAGACGUCCGCUACAGCAGAACUGAUGGCAGUUCAAAGCAACAACAAAGAGUCAGUCAGCACCGUCUCCAGUGCUAGCGAAGAACGGGUGCUUAGCAGAUCAGAGCCGGACGGUCCUAUUUAUGAUGAAGUUCCUUCCGAAGGACUGGGCACUGCUUAUACGGCUUUGGCGCCAAACGAUAACCCGUAUUCGACACUGGCCGACAAAUCUUACGCCACUAUUGACGACGUUCUAAACUUAAAGUUUAGCUUCAGCGGCAUUGAACGCAAGUUCGACGACCUAUUGCAGAGCAAUGAGGCAUUGAGGAAGGAGGUUGCUCACUUGAGGAAAGUGACUGAAGAGCUUGCGGAGGAAAACAAUAACAUUAACUGUUGCUUGUCAACGUUGAUGCGUUCCUCACUAUAUUCCACCGCCAGCGCUGCAACUUCGACGUUAGGAAACGGUCAGAAUGCCGCCGUCGUCGUUUUGGAAGCCGACCGGAAAUGUCACCGGAAUGGACGGUCGAUGUCUGGCGUUGUGAAUGGGGACAGCCACACUGUACAAAGAUCGUUUUCUGAACAGCCGUUUUGGAAGAACGUGCAAGACUCUUCUCUUCCCGAACUAAUCAGUGACUUUUUACCGGACACCUCGUCAGUGCCAUUUCCGGACAACCUUGUUUUGGAGACCGAAGCAUUAACGAAAGAAAUUUACCAUAUUCUGUCGAUAGCUCAGUCGGGAAAAUACGACGGAUUUGCAUCACUAGUAAUUCGAGUUCAGUUCAUAGUGGAUCGUAUGAUGAAUGGGAUUCCGGCACAGCAUCGAACCGGUCCGCUGUUGAAGAUCUUGAACUCUAUGAUGGACUCGUGCGCGAUGCUCAGCGUACACUGUGCCAAAAGCUGUGACCUCAGCACUGAAAAGCGGGAUCAGUUCAGUUGCACAAUCAUCAACCUCUCAUAUGAAAUUGCUAAGGCAGCAAACCAACUCAUGAAGCUCUUCAAAGAGCAGCAGAGUGGCUAG